CUGGAGAAAGUGAACGGUCUUAUAUCAACCAAUGCGUGUAGUAGAAUGAUAUCAACAAUCAGCGAGACGAAUCCACGAACGCUCCAUUUCUGCGUGCAACUUCCAUUGAUCUUUUGUAGAAAAAGUGGUCAUUUGGAGUAGCAUAAUCUACCUUUAUACCGUAUCUACUGGAAAAAUACAGUUGUGUUUGCAGUCAAGUUUCCAGGUCUAUCUUGUACUGUACGUUGUCUUCCUAGCUUGGAUAAAAUUGCUAUCUGUGCUAUUGACUUUGAUGUGCCAAUGCAGUGACUAACUAAUCCCAUGCAUGAGCAUAAUGCCACGCAGACCAAAACUUGUCUAGUUUUGUUUUGAAGUGAUUGACUGUUGAUGCUGUGAUUCUACCUUUAUUGUCUGUAGUGUUCAACUAUUAACGUUGCAUAAUGAUAGCAUAUGGACGCCUCCUGCUGAUAAUUUUCUUCAGCGUUGCCGAUGUUUUCUUUGGCUUCUCCUUUUACUUCCGUUGGAACCAAUACAAACGAUUCGGAAUGGAUUUAUUGAAUUAUAACUUUGUUCACUCUAUGUUUGAGUUUUGGCUGUUCUCCAUAUUGAGAAUGAUCAUGCUCUCGAGCGCAACUCUAGGAGUCAUCACGGAGCCCCAAGAUAUUUUGUUGUUCAUAAAGGACAUGAGGUACACUGUAGGUGUCAUGAACAUACUUGUGGUCCUCUACACUUUGGCAAAAAUCAUGUUAUAUACUGAAUACCUGGAUGGCAACCAUGAUGACGAUCCUUGGUAUUUAACUUUUGGAGCUUGGACAAUGGUGGCCUCAUUGAUCAUGUACGUCAUAUGGAUACACAUUCUGAAAGAGCCACUGUAUUCUAAUAGCGGAGAGAAGGAAGGAAUCGAAGGAAGUAGGGACCUCAAAGAUGAUCAAUCCAAUCAUGGCGGAGAGUUGGAAAAAGUGAAGAACUAUGUCAAAUGGCAAGCGGUGUUUCUUCGAUUGAUGUCCUACACUAAGCCCGACUGGCUGUUCUUAUUGGGAGGACUUGUUUCUAUUGCAUUCUUUUCUGUUGGUAAUUCCUUUGUCCCAUUUUGGAUUGGUCAAGCCGUUGAUGCGGUGCUUAAUGGCAAUCAAUCAGAGUUCCACAAAGCCGUAGUCCUACUGAUCCUGAUCUCCCUUUUUACAACAGUAUGUGUUGGUCUUCGGAUUGGAUUAUUAAAUUUAGCCAUGGCAAGACUCAAUCGCCGCAUCAAUAAUUGUCUUUUUGAUUCCAUCAUAAAGCAGGAUAUUACAUUCUUUGAUAAAAAUGGUACAGGAGCGAUACUUUCACGUCUGUCUCUCGACACAACCACCAUGAGUAAUUCUCUAGGGCAAAGCUUCAGGAUAUCUGCCUUGAAGAUCUUCAAUAUUGUUUUCAGCACUGUAGCUAUGGUCAUCCUCUCAUGGCGGCUCUCUGUCAUCAUUAUCCUUAAUUUAGUGUUCCUAGCAGUCAUCACAGACGUCGUCGGAACUUACUAUGAUAAGCUGGCGAGGAAGGUCCAAAGCGCUCUGGCCUUGGCUAACAUCAUAGCCGAAGAGAUCAUCUCCAAUAUAAAGACUUUUCGAUGCUUUAAUACCGAAAAGAACGGUAAAAGUACCUAUAGUGAUAAGUUAGACUCUGUUUAUCACCUGCGUAUGAAAGAGGCAGUAGCCGUAGGUACAUUACAGGUGGUAGUCUCGACUAGUAAGCUGGUGGCGUUUGUACUAGCCCUCUUUUAUGGAAGCCAUCUUGUUUUAUGUGGAAAGAUGAGUGGAGGAACAUUCGUCUCUUUUGUGUUGUACCAGAGGCAAAUCGGAAGCAACAUCGCGACGAUGUUUAAUGGAUUUUCUCACAUUAUGAGAGCGGCAGGAGCCUCCAGAAAAGUGUUUGAACUGAUCGAUUUAACUCAUUCGUCUGCAAAAGAAGGUCGUCUGAUGCCAGAAGAGUUCGACGGCCAAUUGGAGUUUAAGGAUGUCACUUUUGCUUAUCCAGCCGGUCAAUCUAUUGCGGUCCUGAGGAAUAUAAACUUUACUGCAUCUCCAGGAAAAAUGUUGGCCAUUGUUGGUCCAAGUGGGGGAGGGAAGAGUUCUUGCAUCGAGCUUAUAAAACAUUUUUAUAAUUGCACAUCGGGGGAGAUUCUGUUAGACGGAAAUAACAUCAAUCAGUAUACCGAUUUCUAUCUUAAUAAAAAGAUUGCCUUCGUUGGACAAGAAACCGUUGUUUAUGCAAAAACCAUCAAAGACAACAUUUCUCACGGCCUUGAGGAUUGCAGCUUGGAGCGCAUCCACAACGCAGCAAAACUUGCCAACAUCCAUGACUUCAUUAUUGGUCUUGAGAAGGGUUACGAGACGGAAGCUGGCGAGAAGGGUUUUCGAUUGUCAGGAGGUCAGAAACAACGAGUGGCCAUAGCCAGAGCCUUGGUGAGGAACCCCCAGAUAUUACUUCUCGAUGGCGCCACUAGCGCUUUAGAUGCUGAAAAUGAACAUCUUAUCUUAGAAGCCAUCUUAGAAAAAAAGGAAUGCCCUACCGUUGUGAUUGUUACCAAUUGUCUGAGUACCAUGAAAAAGGCUGAUCGCAUCGUAGUCAUUGAUGACGGUAUGGUGGUCGAGCAAGGUGAUCAUCAAGAACUGAUGAGCGCAAAUCGCCUUUAUGCCCACCUCCAACGCCAUCAACUCCGGUGGUGGAAAAACGGUGACCAUGAAAUUAACUAUAAGCAUGCUGAGAUUGAACUGUAAAAUUUUUCAUUCCUUGCAAUGGCAUUAUCUUGUAAAAAGUAAUAUUAUUUUUAUCAUCACCAUCAUCACCACCACCAGCAUCACCAUCAUCAUCACCACCAUGAUCGUCACCAUCGCCAUCGUGAUGCGUCAUCAUUAUCAUCAUCACCAUUAUCAUAUUACGAUGAUAAGUGCUAAUUUUAUUAUUAAUUGUUUAUUUAACUUUCGUCACGAUUGGAUUUUUCAUAUUUUCAGAAUUGAAUGUCAAGUUUAUCCAAACAAAAACUUGAUGAGAAUAUAUGAAGAGAAUCGAACAAGUAUUCCACUGACAAUUUCAUCGGAAUAGGCUGGAUUUUUUUUUACAGCUUUGCCACAUUGAUAUUUAAAUAAGAGAGAUUAUGAUACAACACGAAAGGUAGUUCAGUAAUAACUACGAUUUAAUGUGAAUUACCAUGAAUACUGCAUGACCGUCAUUAUGCUAAUUUGUUAUCAUAUCUACAUGUGAAAAAAGAUCGAAGAAAUGAUGAAAAUGUUUUAUAUCAAAGACUACAAAAUAAAGAGUGUGUGACACCGUCGAAUCCCUCAUUUGCAAACCGACGAAAGUGAGCAUCUGAAAAUUAAAGAAAUUUUGAAGUAUUCAUCAUGUUUUUGUUUUACUUGCAAUUCAAAUGAAAUUUUCAGUGUUAUGCUGAUUUGAUUUCCGAUGUUCCAACCAACUUGUAUGUGUAGGCCGGGUGGAUUUGGAUUUUCAUGAUUAUUAUUAUUAUAUAAUUUCUUAUCAGAAAUUGGAUUUUUAUGUGUCUGGAAUCCCUUUGCAUUUUAGUUGAAUUAUAUUACUCUUGACCAUUUAAGAAUUAUCAAAUAUAUACCACUGUGGGCAUUGUGAAUACGUGUACCUAUUUUUAAUGUCAUUAAAAAAACAUUAUCGAUCAAUACAUGAAAGUAUAAUAGAUUUGUAUAGGUAUUAUAUGAAUAUAUCAAUACAGUGAAAUCAUGUAUAUUAAUUCUAAAUAAAUUCCCUGUUCAUUAGCAGCUGCCCCCUGCGUUAUGAAAUAUAAAAUGCAUAAAUUUCAAUUUGUUAAUGGUUUGUGAUGACUUAUUUU